ACGGCUACGUCGAACGCGAGGUUUGUUGCUGGUGGCCGCUCGCGUCCCGACAUCAAGUCCACCGCCUUCGCCUUCCGCCCACCGCUCCGAUUUCCACUGUCCCUCUCCCACUUGGCAAUGGGCUUGAUAGAGCUGGAUCUUUACAACGGUUUCAGAACAAGUUCUUGAUACCGAAUUGUUAUGAGAUCUGUUGUAAGGCAGUCCUGGAAGAAAGGAUCAUUGUAAGUGUUACAGAAGCUCUUGGAACAGUAUUUAGAGGGUGUCAUUUUCCCAUGACUUCUAUGCAAUCUAGUUUGAAGUACGAUCUGGUUUGCGGCAGAACAAGGAAGGGCCUUCCUUUUAGGUGCUCCAUAAGGCAGUUACUUGCAAAAUGCAGUCACUCUACUUCUGAGGCCACAGCAAAAGAUCAGAAUAAGUCUUACCUUCAAUUUUUAAGGGAAAAGAAGAUAGUUCCUGAGUCAGAUCCUCCAAACACUAAAGAUGUGAACAUUCUGUAUCAAUUUUUUGAUCAGAGUCGCAAGCUUAUGGUGUUGACUGGAGCAGGAAUGAGCACAGAGUCUGGGAUUCCUGAUUAUAGAAGUCCAAAUGGAGCUUACAGUUCUGGCUUCAAACCUAUUACGCAUCAGGAGUUUGUCCGCUCAAGCCGUACCCGCAGGCGAUACUGGGCUAGGAGCUAUGCUGGAUGGAGAAGAUUUACUGCAGCACUGCCAAGUGCAGCCCAUCGUGCUCUAGCAUCUUUGGAAAAAGUUGGUAGAGUCAAUUAUAUGGUUACACAAAACGUUGACAGGUUGCAUCAUCGUGCUGGAAGCAACCCACUUGAGCUGCAUGGAACUGUGUAUACUGUAGUAUGUUUGCAAUGUGGCUAUUCCAUUAGCCGAGAUUUAUUUCAAGACCAAGUGAAGAUCCUCAAUCCAAAGUGGGCUUCAGCAAUUGAAAGCUUGGAAUGUGGCAAUCCAGGCUCAGACAAGAGCUUUGGCAUGCAGCAACGGCCUGAUGGUGACAUUGAGAUAGAUGAGAAGUUUUGGGAACAGGAUUAUAAUAUUCCCAAUUGCCUGCAGUGUGGUGGAAUUCUAAAACCUGAUGUGGUAUUUUUUGGUGAUAAUGUCCCUAAAGAAAGAGCAGAUAAAGCAAUGGAAGCUGCAAAAGGAUGUGAUGCUUUCCUCGUUCUGGGCUCAUCGCUGAUGACCAUGUCUGCAUUCAGACUUGCCAGAGCUGCGAAAGAAGCAGGUGUUCCUACUGCAAUUAUCAACAUAGGUGAGACAAGGGCUGAUGAUUUUGUAUCCUUGAAAAUAAAUGCUAGAUGUGGGGAGAUACUACCCAGAUUGCUUGAGAUGGGAUGCCUUGCUAUACCUGGCAUAAGUUGAAUCGGUGCCGUGCAAUGAUGAUAGCUCUUUCAAUCAGUCCCACGAGCAAGUUAUUUGGAACCAAAUAAGAAGAAUUUUUCUUGGUCGCAUGAAGAAAUACUGUGGCGGGCUUCAGAUCAUUGCUGGCUAUUUAUGUAUUACUUGUGCUCCACAUAUUUAUUCAGAAACUUGUAUAAUCGAGUGUUUUAUUCUCUGUACAGGGGCCGCCCACUCUUUAGCCGGCUCUACUUGUGUAUCAUUCUUGGGGGAAAAAAAUCCCCGAAAAUAAGUAUCCAGAGCUUGAUUGCCAACUUUGCUGCAUCAUUUUGAUACUCCUGCUCCAUGGCAGUUUCAUUUUGAUGGCAAAGGCUUCCAUAGUUCUAUAGUUGUUAACUACAUAUCUAGGUUUUUAUGUUUGAUAUUCUUUGGUUUCA